AUGAAAUUACGAGCAAGUUCCAAGAAAAAACCAGGUUAUUUUUCAAGACUUUUAAAAACAGAAGAAGAGUCUUCAUCAAAUCCUACAAUGCAUAUAGAAAUAUCAUUAGAUGAUUCAAGAAAUGAUCAGUUAGGUUCUGUAGGAAUAACACCAUCAAGUUCAGAAAAUAAUUCCUGCACUAAUUCUCCAAAAAGAAGUUAUGGUAUUGUGAAACGAAAUGUGCCUUCUUCAAAAAAGAUUACUUAUGAUGAGAAAUUAGUUUUACAGUUAAGGUAUUUAUUAAAUCAUAUUGUUGGACCGAAUAUGUGUGUUGUACCAUCUUUAAAAAAAUUAUAUAAGGAAAUUUUAAAAAUUGUUGAACAAAGUCACAAGAAAUCUUUAUAG